UAAUACUUUUUUUUUGGAAAACGGCCGAAAAUUCAUGUCCGCGUGGAUGUCAUCCAUAUAAUCAACUCAACAUGGCCUUACGAGUUUCCAGUAGGCACAUUGGGAUACUGUUGUUUCAGGUUGAAAAGUCCGUGACUAGAUUAGUGACUUUGAAAAAUCUGGUUUUCAAGUUCUAAAAACAGCGAUGGGCAACUUAAUUAGUUUUUUUAUGAUGUAUCCUGUGCAGCCCCGGGAAAUUUUCAUUGUCUGCAAAAUUUGUUCAAAACAACGUUCCACCACCCCUUUUUAUAGUGGUCUAGUCCAAUAACCUUUCACCUACGACCCCACAGCGAAGGUUGCCAAGAUCUGAUAUCUGUAACAUUUAGAUAUCCACACAACACACCGUGAACCAUGGCGGCCGGCGGGACCACGAGAAAGUGCGUUGCCUUGGUGACCGGCGGGGGCAGCGGCAUUGGGCGCGCGGCGGCAGUACGGUUUGCUGAGCUGGGGUACACCUGUGCCGUGGCAGACAGGGACUUGCCCAGCGCUCGGCAGACAGUUGACUUGCUGAAAACUCCAGGUCUGGCUGUGCAGGUAGAUGUCGGUAACAGUGCGAGUGUCCAGGCAAUGAUCCAGACAACAGUCGAACAUUUCGGGCAACUCGACUGUGCUUUCAACAACGCAGGAAUCGAGGGCACUGCUCGAGCGAAAAUCGCCGACUAUCCAGAAGACCAGUUCGAUAGCGUUAUAAACGUAAACCUAAAGGGUGUGUGGUUGUGUAUGAAGUAUGAGAUUGCCCAGAUGCUGAAACAGGAGAGAAUCGUCAGCGAUCCUAAAAAAUGGGCGGGAAAACCUGACCUAUGUCGUUUCCAGGGGCAACGGGGGAGCAUCGUGAAUACAAGCAGCACCGCAGGGCUUGGCCUGAUGCCAGAGUUCGCGCCGUACUGCGCCACGAAGUGGGCGAUCAUCGGUUUAACAAAAACCGUGGCUGCAGAGUACGCUAAGGAGGGGAUCCGAGUAAACGCGGUGUGUCCUGCUACGACAGACACCCCCAUGCGAGAUCGGUUUGAAGCGCAGUGGCCAGACUGGCAGGCGAAAACAGACGCCAGCUAUCCGGCAGGCAGGGUCGCCACACCUGAGGAAGUAGCGGAGGCAGUUACAUGGCUGUGUAGCGAUGCAUGUCCAUUCGCCACAGGAGAGUACCUGAAAAUCGCUGGGGGAAGAUAGGGAGAAAUAGCAAAGGGACAUUGCAGAAGAAAGAACACCCCCUCCCCUUUGAAGUGAUAGGACACUGAUGACAAAAGCUUAAAAAAGAACAGUCUUACAAAGC